UUCUCUAGAAUUACAUUCGUUGUUGCGAAGAAAGGUUCUUGGAAAGACACUUGAUCUAAUAACAGAACAAGUGGUAUUAUUGGGCCUCACGCUUCGUCAGUAUUUCAAGCAUUCCACUAGCACAGUAGUUUUUUUUAUCUAAUCCAAUAGCUACGCAUUGUGGUCGGGGUGCUCGGGGUAUCGGAAUACGAUUUCCGAACAGCUUAGAUCGAGGCCGUAUUUUGGCUUUUAUGGUGGCCAGCUAGGCACUCACUUCGCAACUCCACUGGCUGUGAUCUCCUUUCUUGUCACACGCUCCACAGACAAGAGAAGUGAGGAUGGUGUGGAGGGGCUCCGCAAUCGGCACCGUGGUGCUGCUGGUGCUGCUUGCUGCUACUUCCUCGUCAGGUCGUGAUUGUCGAGGUGCAGAUGGAGAGCGGGGUAGUACCUCUGGAGGUUCUACGCUUCGUUUCCAAAUAGCUAUUCCGAAAGGGUAUAAUCGCACUUAUGUCAUCGACAGGAUGCGAUUACUCUAUGAGAAUUGCACCAGGAUCUUGGGAACGUUGGUUAUCAAUAAACUUGAAGAUGGUGAUGAUGCAUCAUUCCUCAGCACAAUUGAAGAAGUCUAUGGAUAUGUAGACAUCUAUGAUACUUCAGCCGCCAUCAUUCCACUUCCUAAACUUCGGAUAAUUCGAGGACAGCAGCUCUUGAGUGGAGUAUAUGCACUGUCAAUCGUGAACAACCACAUCCAGUACUUCAGCGCUCCCCUCCUUCGAUCUAUUGAGAAGGGUAACGUCCAUAUUGCUAGUUCGGCAAACAUGCGUUGCUCGCAAAAGAUUGGAUGGGUUGACAUGAUGGCUGGUAGAGCAACUCCAAACAUCGCUAGUUCUAUCGAGACCAAUCCAUGUACUUGUGAUAGUUCAUGCAAUGACAAAUGUUUCAUGAGUGGACCAGAGAAUUGCUACAAAGAUACGUACGUGGGCUGCAGUGCAUACAGCUGUGGCAAGCGCUGCAACCUAACAAGUCAGAUAUGCUGUCACUCAGAAUGUGCUGGCGGCUGUACAGGAUACGGGGACACCAAAUGUGUGUCCUGUGCAGGAAAGCGACUGGUACUUGACAAUGGAAAAACUAGGUGUGUGUCUUCUUGCCCACCGCUAACUAUUGUCGAUCGGAGCACACGUCAAGAGGUAGCAAAUCCCGACGGACGGUACAAUCACGAACUGGACUGUGUAAAGAGUUGUGCCGAUGUAAACCGGCUGACGUACAAACAAGACUGUGUGCGUACAUGUCCGCUGAACACAGAAGAUGAUGACAAUGGUGUUUGCCAGCCGUGUGCUCCGUUCUGUAAACGAAGUAAGAGGUGUUUACCGAAUACUGUGACCAAAAAUACUAUUACUAGUAUAUUGUAUAAACCAGAGGCUGACUGUAAUGUCUGCUUUGGAACAGAUCAGUACGCAAGGAAAGUCCUAGAUGCAUCAUACCUGAAAAACAACCUGACUGGAUGCACUAUUAUUGAUGGAGAUUUACAAAUUGGGUCUGCUUCGUUUAUUCCAGACCACAAUCAUCCUCAAGCAAUACCGUUGAAUGCCAACAAUCCAUCAGAACUCGAUGCUUUACUCACCGUCCAGCACAUCAAAGGGUGUCUCUAUUUGGACAAUGCACACAUAGCGGAUGUGAGCUUUCUGAGGAACGUGCAGAAAAUUGGAAAAUGCACAACGUCCAACACGGCAUUUAGUAUAAUUGUGAUUGGGUCACUAUCAAAAGUGACAUACUUGGGCCUCUCAAGUCUAAGAUCUGUUCAAGGUAACGCCUAUUUUCAGACAUCAAACCUGUGCUACGUCGAUACGCUGAAUAGAUGGGACAACAUUACAUCCAACCUAUUGGAUCUGACAACGGCAAACUGCACUGGUACGGUGUGCAACUCCCUCUGCUCCAGUGACGGCUGUCUGGGUCCGAACCCUACCGACUGCUAUGAAUGUAAACAUGUCUCAUUUGGCGGAACAUGUUUCCAGAACUGUGCAGAUGCUACACUUGCUUUGAACGAAACCCGACCAGUCUAUCUGGAUGCCAAGACCAGUGAAUGUCGUAUUUGUAAUUCACUUUGUUUCCCUAAUGGUUGCACAGGACCGACCAAUCAAGAAUGCCUUUCAUGCCCAAAGCUAAAGUUAGGUGGAAGCUGUGUGGACACGUGCCCCGAAGGAACCUACUUGAAUACGGCAACAUCCGAAUGUCGGCUCUGUAGCAUUGUCUGUCAAGCUACUGGCAGCACUAGUCCACAGUGUACUGGGCCUGGCACACAUCUUGGUGCUGGCGGAUGUACUCAAUGUUCAACGGGUGUGUACGAUAGUACAGGAAAGUUGAAAAACUGUGUUUCCCAAUGUCCAGCAGCUACAACUUACAGUACUGGUGUUAUAACAACUGAUGGUGUUCAGGAGUGUCGCUAUUGCAAUACUCAGUGUGCCGGGGGAUGUCACGGCCCAGCGGCUACCGAGUGCACUUUGUGUAAAAACAACUUCAGGACGGUGUCAGGAUCCAAACUGAGACAAUGCGUCCAGAGCUGUGAUGCCGCUCAAGAUUACAUUUCUCAACAUGAAUGUCUUAGCUGCAAUAUGCAGUGUUCCGGUGGAUGCAAUGGCUCCUCCGCAAUGGACUGCACGGCUUGUAAAACAGUUUUCCAAAUUCAGGAUGGUGGCAAACGACUGUGCUUGGCCAGUUGCCCACAGAAGAGUUUCUCCAAAACUGUUGGUCUGCUACGCCAAUGUGUUGAUGAAUGUGACACCGGUAUGUAUAACAACACGGAUGGCGUAUGCCUACCCUGUCACGAGCAGUGCGCCAGUUCCUGCAUAGCCAGUGGCAACAGUGUACUUAGUUGCGCAGGGCUGUGCAAAUUCUUUGCCGAGGAGGGGAACUGUGUGCAAGAGUGUGGUGCAUCGUAUCGAGCCAAUGAAGAAACAGGGGAGUGCGUGGGAGCAUCCAACGAGGAGCCAGACAAUGUGCAGGAGCAGAAAUCAGCAUCGACUUCUGGUAUCAUAGCUGGCUCAGUGGUGGGUGGUGUCGUUGUCAUAGUGCUUGUCUUGAUGGUCGUCUUCUACCUCAUGAAGAGGGCCAAUCUGCAUGCGGACAAGAAAGUGGCCAUCGAGCUGGAGAUUGCCGGUGCCGACAAUCCCAACUAUGGCGUGCCAAACCAAAUGAUGAUGGACAGUGACAUGCUGCACGCCAAACCAGCACAAGCUGACCCGAACAUGGCACGGCUUGUGCUGGCCCAGGAGAACGAGAUCAUUAUGGGCAAGGAACUUGGAGAGGGUGCGUUCGGAACCGUGUAUGAGGGUCUCUGGGCUCCGUCAGACGGCGGUACAAAGGCAAAGGUUGCUGUGAAAGUACUGAAGGAGAACACAGGGGCUGCCAGCAACAAAGAGAUCCUGGAUGAAGCGGUGGUGAUGGCGUCGAUGAACCACCCGUAUCUGGUGCGUUUGCUCUGUAUCUGCAUGGCACCUCGUGUCAUGUUGAUCACCGAGUUGAUGGAACACGGAUCGCUGCUCUCCUACCUACGCAAGCGCAAGAGGACGCUAACAGGCGACGUGCUUCUUCUUUUCGGACGACAGAUAGCUGAGGGCAUGGAAUACUUGGAGUCCAAGCGCAUGAUCCACAGAGAUUUGGCUGCACGCAAUGUCCUGGUGGCUGAGCAUCGGUGUGUGAAGAUUACGGAUUUCGGACUGGCCCGCUUGCUGGAUGUUGGCUCUGAAGAGUUCCAGCAUGAUGGUGGAAAGAUGCCUGUGAAGUGGCUGGCUCCGGAGUGCAUGCAAGCGAGAGUAUUCACCAACCAGACCGAUGUCUGGUCGUACGGCGUAACCAUGUGGGAGGUGCUGACAUUUGGCAAUGCUCCCUUCAAGGGAUUCAAGGCCACCGAGAUCUUCUCAAUGCUCCUCAAUGGUGAACGUCUGCCCAAGCCGAAGACGAGCAGCGCAGAACUGUAUGACACUCUUCUGCAGUGUUGGGGCUGGGAGCCAGGAAUGCGUCCCACAUUCAAUGACCUUGGCAAGCGCUUUGCCGCUAUGGAGAAGAAUCCACCCUCGUUUGCCAUCACGAGGGCCGACAGAGAGGGACGUAAGUUCAUCUCAGAGGCAGACUUCAACAGCACUGCACCGGAGUUGGUUGCUAUCGACGACGAUGGCUAUGAACGACUUGGUCCCGUGAGAAACGCGGAGAAGAGGUCUUCAGUGAUCUCUGCAUCAUCGAACGCAGACUAUGAUAAUUUUGUGGCUCCACAAGGCAACUCGUUUCCAUCUCGUGACACACUGCCUGGUGCUGCCAAUUUGGCAGGAGCUACAGCUGCGGGAUAUGAUAACAUGCCUACCGUCACAACAGUGGAAGAAGUAGGCAAUGAAACGAGCCCGUACGACAACCCAGUAAGAGUUAUCAUGAGCGAAGCGGAGGACACGGAGAAUCCUUACGACAACACUGGUGCCGGCCAGGAUGCUCUGGGAACAAACGGCUACGAUAACAUUCCGGCAAGCAGCGCCAUGUUUGGCAGCGUGCGUAACGACGCUCAAGAUGAGGAUGUCAACUCGCACACUGGCCUGCUUGACAUUGGCGGUGCAAGCGGCGAUGAUCUCUCACAGCAGGGCGGCGCGUCCGACCCAUACCUCCUGCCAAACGACCUCACCGGCGAUGCCUCCGCCGACAAGCUCUCCGGUCUGCCGUCCGACCCCUACCUAGUGCCCGGUGAUGAGCUGGUCAUCAACCAGACAGCAAUACUGGCAUCGGACGAGGCCAACAUGGUCAUGUUCACAAACCCGUCUGGCAACGGCUACGAGAACAUCAACGGUGAUGGCUUGAAUGUGGAGUAGACAACAUGAGCUGCACCAAUGAUGCUCAACCUCAGGGCAAACCCACGAGUAAUAACGUUUGACCGUGUAUUUUUACUUGAGAGAUUUCUACAUGUCGUUCCAGUAGUCCUUAUUCUUCUUUCCUGUUGUGGUGAAGACCUUUCUCAUCUUUCUUCCUGUGCUCUUUUUUUCUUUUGUCCAUGGUUGUUUUGACACCUUUGCUACUACUAACUGAAGACUAUUUAUUGCAUUUUCUAUAGCUCCUUAGAUUAUUUUUUUGCCUCUAUUCAAUUCAUUUCGUAUUCCCCCCCCCCCCCCCCAUAUCAAUGGACUGCCAUACAAGCAAGUUCUCUUAUUCAGCGUGACAAUCUAGUGCAGAUGCCUAUAGUGUCAUCUGUUUGAUUUCUCUCUCUAUUUCGUAUUUCGUAUCCAUCUUCUUAUUCUACGUAAACACAUAGGAAUAGUGUAUUCACUGUACGUUUCUACUUUUUUGAAGUAGUCUUUUUUCAGAGUUUAGUACAAUGUACUUAUCAUUUAGCUUGCUUUAGCCACUUAGUCAGUUAGGAGAAGAUAGCCCCAACUUUGUGCCGUUUGCUGCAUUGGUGCGCUUGCUUCGUCUGCGAGCAGCAAUAGAUGCCGAUUAUCUCGCUGCCACUAUGACAGAAUUGUGGUACAGA